AUGACUGCUGUCUUUCCCUCAGAGAACAGCCCAGACGGGGCUGAAGCAGGGGCAGCGGGAGCAAUAGGGAAUAGCUCCGUUUCCGGUGUUGACACUGGGGAAUCCAAUGUAGAUUCUGCGGGAGGUUCUUUUGGAGGUACAGUGGUCACAGCCCAUGGCCAGAGGUACACGCGCUGCAGCACCCAGGACAGCUCAGACAUAAACACAGAUGAUGAAGGAGCGAACGUCCGCCGCCUUACACCGCUGGAGAAACUCAACCUGGAUAUGUGCCAGGAUGAGAGGGUGGUCCGUGAACUUGCAGUGGGCAGAAGAAUAAGCUUUUACAAAAUUCGAGGAGAGCUUGGCUGUGGAAAUUUUUCCCAUGUCAAGCUGGGAAUUCAUGCCCUCACCAAAGACAAAGUGGCCAUCAAGAUCCUUGACAAGACAAAGUUGGAUCAAAAGACCCAGCGCUUGCUGUCCAGAGAGAUCUCCAGCAUGGAGAAACUACAUCACCCUAACAUCAUACGCCUCUAUGAGGUGGUGGAGACAUUGUCACGGUUACACCUAGUGUUGGAGUAUGCUGGUGGAGGAGAACUCUACAGCAAAAUCACCACAGAGGGGAAGCUUUCUGAUGCUGACAGCAAAAUUGUAUUUGCUCAGAUCCUGUCUGCUGUUAAACACAUGCAUGAAAACAACAUAAUUCACCGAGACUUGAAGGCGGAAAACGUUUUCUACACCAGCAUUUCUUGCGUUAAGGUGGGUGACUUUGGCUUCAGCACUUUGAGCCGUCGUGAUGAAACGCUCAACACUUUCUGCGGCUCCCCACCUUACGCUGCCCCUGAGCUCUUCCGUGAUGAAAAUUAUGUGGGUGUCUUUGUGGACAUCUGGGCCUUGGGAGUGAUGCUAUUCUUUAUGGUGACGGGCACCAUGCCGUUCAGGGCAGAUACUGUGGCUAAACUCAAGAGAUGUAUUCUUGAAGGUGCCUUUACAAUGCCCUCCUGGCUUCCAGAGACAUGCCAAAAACUGAUCCGUGCGAUCCUCCAACCAUUACCGACUGACCGUUGCUCUAUAGAACAGGUGAUGAGCAGUGACUGGCUGCAACAUGUCGACUUCCCUCGGCCCAUGGAGCCCUUCAAGCUGGAGCCAUCUCACCUUGUAGAAAAGAAUCCUUCUGAGCUGGGGGUGGAGGAAAUGGAAGUAAUAACAGCACUAGAGACACUUGGCAUAACCUCAGAACACAUCCUGAACAAUCAGGGAAAGGACUGCAGGAGUUCCAUCACAGGAGUUUAUAGAAUCCUGCUGCAUGGUGCACACAAGAAGCACACUGUAGAGAGCAUGCCAACAGCCACGCAGGUACCUGGACCAAAAGCGACGAAAAAGGAGCGUUUAAAGGUGUACCGUAGUUUACGGCACACAUCCAAACUCUGUGUGAUUCUGUGA